AUUCGGUCUGAUUUGAGUCACCACUCCCAGAAUUGAAACUGCCGGUUCUGGAAGCAAGAGUGGACCGUGGCCGGCCCGAAUCUCAGGGAUCAGCAGCUCACUAGUCUCUGCGUUUCAUUUGGCUCCAGAUUCUAAACCUAGCCUCCGCCAUUAUCGAAAAGCUUUUCCUUUUUUUGAAUCUUCCUUUCUCUCUAGAAAAGAAACCAUCAAUAAGAAUGUCAGCUUCUUCACCAAGCUUCAACGUCUCGCCUCCUUUCAACUUCUCUAACGAUGCCCACGCACCAGUCAAGCAAACUACUCUCGCCGUUAAAUCUCCGAUUCCAAUCAACUCAUUAUUCUCAUCUUCUCGUCUUCCUCCGCCAAUCAACGUCCGCACUCACUCCGUUUCACUUCUUCAGUGCGUUAACUCCCAGUCCGCUGCCAGUCCUAUUACCAAUUCAUCGGGACGGGUAGAGGAUUGCAAUUUCGUUCAGGAUGAACAAGUUUUGGACUCGGGGAUCGAUGGAGGUGGUGGUAGUAAUGGUUAUUCUGGAGGUAGUGGAGGUGGUGGUGGUGGUGGGGGAGAUGAGGGUGAUAGCGAAGAAGAGGAGUUUGGACGGAUAAUGAGAUUCGAGGAAGUGAUGAAGGAAGCAGAAUCGCGUGGAGUUAAACUUCCGUCGGAUAUGCUAGAGGCUGCCAAAACUACGGGAAUACGUGAAAUGUUUGUCCUUCGCUACCUGGAGUUGCAGGGGUCGGUUUGGCCGCUCAGCUUUUUGAUGAAGUACUGUACCAUGUUGCGCAACCGAAUGCUGGCUGAUCCUUCCUUUCUUUUCAAAGUUGGAACAGAGAUUGUCAUAGAUUCUUGCUGUGCGACAUUUGCGGAAGUUCAAAAAAGGGGAAAGAAUUUCUGGUCUGAGUUUGAGUUGUAUGCUGCUGACCUUCUGGUUGGUAUUGUGGUUGACAUUGCUUUGGUUGGUAUGUUAGCACCUUAUGCGCGAAUUGGAAAGCCAUCUGUUUCAAGCGGUGUAUUUGGAAAACUACAACAGGCUUGUGCGGCUCUUCCCAGCAGUGUAUUUGAAGCUGAAAGGCCAGGAUGUAAAUUCUCUGUGAACCAGCGCCUUGCAACAUACUUCUAUAAGGGUGUAUUAUAUGGUUCAGUUGGGUUUGGGUGCGGACUCAUUGGCCAAGGCAUUGCUAAUCUGAUAAUGACUGCCAAGCGGAGCAUAAAGAAAUCAGAAGAGGAUAUUCCGGUACCCCCACUUGUGCAAAGUGCUGUUCUUUGGGGUGUUUUUCUUGCUGUGUCGUCCAAUACUCGGUACCAAAUCAUUAAUGGACUGGAACGCCUGGUUGAAUCGUCACCUUUGGCAAAGAAAGUCCCUCCUGUUGCGAUGGCUUUCACUGUUGGUGUAAGAUUCGCCAACAACAUUUAUGGUGGGAUGCAGUUCGUUGAUUGGGCAAAAUGGAGUGGCGUGCAAUAAUAGCAGCAAGUAAUUUGUAUACGACAUGCCUCUUUUUGUAUCAUCGAAUGCACUUUUCUCCGCACUAUGAAAAGGACACCAAUGCAUAUGUUUGAGAGACAGAGAGGGAGAUAUUUAUACAUGUUAGUUAAAUUUAGCAUCAGGUUUCUGUCGAGAAGAAGCUUUGUGUUUUUAUCUGGCUUCGAUCAUUUACCCAUUUCCAUUCAAUUGUUUGGAUGGGAACUUGUAUUCAACGUAACAAUUUUAAGCAGGUUAUAUUAUUGUGCUAUUGCAGGCUUGUGCUGUAGUACUGAAGAUAGUUUCUUUCA